AUGACAGUGUCUCAAAGAGUGUCCGUAGGGGAAAUGACACCCAGUGCUGUACAGAAAAUGCCCAUCUUGGUGAUAGGAAGUUGUGAGAUACUCCCUCAAGCCUUGGGUCGCAGACAGACAUGUCUGCUCUUCUGCCUGUCCUACUCAGCUUGUUGUCUCACCAAGCUUUCCAGAGAUUACUUUGUUUUGAUUUUUGGUCGUGUCCUGGGGGGUCUGUCCACAUCCCUGCUGGCCACCACAUUUGAAGCCUGGUACGUGCACCGACAUGUAGAUGUCCAUGAUUUUCCCAAGGAGUGGAUCCCCAGCACCUUCACCAAAGCUGCUACUUGGAACCACGGACUUGCUGUGGGAGCAGGACUGGUAGCUAACUUGCUGGCUGAGUGGCUCCACUUGGGGCCAGUAGCUCCCUUUCUCCUGGCUGUCCCCUGUCUGAUGUGCUGUGGCUGGGUGUUGAUAACAGACUGGGGCAAGGAAGAUGCUGAAGGAGGUCCUGAAGGAAACAAACAGACACUACUUGGCACUUCAAAUGGAGGUGUGACUCAUUUGUCUGCAAAGGCCCGUUUCUUCCGCAGCUGCCAUGAGGGGCUGCGUUGCCUGCUGUCAGACAGGAGAGUCAUGCUCUUGGGUGGAGUGCAGGCUCUGUUUGAAAGUGUCUUGUACAUUUUUGUUUUCCUGUGGACCCCAGUACUGGACCCUCAUGGACCCCCUUUGGGAAUAGUGUUCUCCUGCCUGAUGGCGGCCAGCAUGGCUGGCUCCUUGCUGUACCGCCUAGCCACUUCCACUCGCUACCAUCUACAGCCUGGCCAUGUGCUCUGUCUGGCUGUGUUGAUGGCUUUCUUUUCUUUCUUCAUGUUGACAUUUUCCACUGCUCCAGGCCAGCCCAGACCUCAUGAAUCCUUCUGGGCCUUCCUGCUGCUGGAGCUGGCCAGUGGCCUCUACUUCCCAGCAGUCAGUUUUCUCCAGGGCAGGGUUAUCCCAGAGGAGAAGCGGGCUAGUGUGCUGGCCUGGUUCCGGCUGCCUCUGCACCUGCUGGCCUGCUUGGGGCUGCUGGCACUUCAUGGGGAAGUAUCAGGAGCAGGUGGAGGGGAAGCUGGCAGCGGCACCAGACACAUGUUUGGGGGCUGUGCCGUCAUGAUGUUGGCAGCUUUGAUGGCUGUUGUUAGUUUGUUCACUCUGGGCAGAAAUGACACAGAGCUAAGACUGGAGGGAACCAGGGGGGAGGGGGAGAUGGACUGAGGAGAAAGGCCACAUAUCCUUUAAUGCUUUACUGGUAUGAAUUACACCAGUUUAGCAUGACUAAAUAAAAAAUCUAUAUGGCCAGGGUAGUUUUCUUGUUGUCAAAUAUAUCAUUGAAGAAAAUCAAAGCCUAAAGGAUGAGGACUAAUUUAAUAUUUUUUAUAUGUUUAACUUGUUACUUUUUGGGGACUUACUUUUUCUUAUUGUGUGAGGAUGCUUAAGGAACAUGGAUAUAUUAACCUGCAGUAAAAACUUUAUCAUCUAUACAUGAUAAUAUGUGAUUGCCUUAAUGUAAUCACCUACAGGGAAAGAGAAAGAUGUGUUUGUCAGGAAUGAAGUUUAAUUCAUGUCACUUGCCCACAGCCACACAGGGAUAGGUAAUUCUGAAGGCAUGGACAGACCUAUUUACUUGGAUCUGAAUGAAAAAGAAAUAUGGUGACAACUAGCAUGACUAUCUGAAUGCCUCUGCUUUACAAUUUCCCUACAGUUCUUUUACUGCCAGUUUACUGGUUGUUACAUUUUUGUCUGGUUUAUUUUGAAUACUUAUUCUGUGCCAUCUGCAGGGUAUUUUAUCUCUAUUGUCUCAACAUUUCCACACUUUUAAAUAAAGUGCUAUUGUAAACAGUA